UGGUCCCCCGCCCUGCGGUCCCCCGCCCUGCGGUCCCCCGCCCUGCGGUCCCCCGCCACCAUCCCCGCUGCUGUCCCCAACGCUGCUCAGGUGCAGUUCUCCCGGGCGGCGCGUGUGUGCAAGCGAGACAUGGGCGGCUCCCCGCGGGCCCUGGACCGCCACUGGACGUCCUUCCUGAAGCUGCGGCUCAACUGCUCCGUCCCUGGGGACUCCACCUUCUACUUUGACGUCUUGCAGGCCUUGACUGGGCCUGUGAGCUUGCACGGCCGCCCUGCUCUCUUCGGCGUCUUCACCACCCAGGCCAACAGCAUCCCCGGCUCUGCAGUCUGCGCCUUCUACCUGGAGGACGUUGAGCGGGGCUUUGAGGGCAAGUUCAAGGAGCAGAGGAGUGCGGAUGGGGCCUGGACCCCCGUGUCCGAGGACAGGGUCCCCUCCCCCAGGCCGGGCUCGUGUGCAGGGGUAGGUGGGGCGGCCUCGUUCCCCUCCUCCCGAGACCUCCCCGACGACGUCCUGACCUUCAUCAAGGCCCACCCACUGCUGGACCCUGCCGUGCCGCCCGCCACCCACCAGCCUCUGCUCACCCUCACCAGCAGGGCCCUGCUGACCCAGGUGGCUGUGGACGGCGCGGCCGGUGUCCACGGGAACGCCACCGUGCUGUUCCUCGGCUCCGACGACGGGACGGUGCUGAAGGUGCUGCCCCCGGGGGGGGCCUCUGGGGGCCCCGAGCCCGUCCUGCUGGAGGAGAUUGAUGCCUACAGCCCCUCCCGGUGCAGCGGGCGGCGGGCUCCCCACACAGCCCGCCGAGUCCUGGGGCUGGAGCUGGACGCCAGGGGGCACCGGCUCUUCGUGGCCUUCUCCGGCUGCGUCCUCUACCUCCCGCUCAGUCGCUGUGCCCGGCACGGGGCCUGUCGCAGGAGCUGCCUGGCUUCCCGGGACCCGUACUGCGGAUGGCACAGCGCCAGCGGCUGUGUGGACAUCAGGGGACCUGCCCGGACUGCUGUGGAUCCAGCUGGGGACCAGGAGCCCACGGAGCACGGCGACUGCCAAGAUGGAUCCACGGGGAGCCGCUCCGGCGCCGGGGACUCUGCCUACGUGCUUCUGGGGCCUGGCCCCUCCCCAGAGACCCCCAGCCCCCCCAGUGAUGCCCAACCCAGGCCCCAGUCUUCCACUCUCGGAGCUCACACUCAGGGUAAGGGGACGGGGGAGGGGCAGGUGUGAGGUGCGGGGCUGCUGAUUCUGGAAGAGUUCACCCCACUGCCCGC